AUGGCUCGUUGUGGAGCUCGUAUGGGUAUCGUUGCGGGGGGCGCGGUCAAGGCGGCGUGGCCCCUACCAAUGGGUGGCUUGAGAGUAGAAUUCGAGCCCCUCCUCGCCAACUAUCGCCGUCCCUAUCCUACCUUAUACUAUUCAUCUUCCCUCACUCUCGCGCCAAUACCCCUUGGCGCUGCGGAACGUACAGCUGUU